UCUUCGCCGACUGUGUUCGAUAACGGAUGGUUGCAUCAGGGAUCUACCCCAAACGACUGCGCGGUGGUGGCGAUCGGAUGCCUACGAAGAGGGUUCGAACCCGUGGGCGGAACCAAGGUCGACGUAGUAUGGUACGCUGAUUGCAGUGGCGCGCCCUCGCUCCUGUCACUCCCUCGCAUUUGUAUUCGAAGAGGAGAGCGGAAGACUGGGGAACGUGAAGAAGUUUGAAGCACGGCGGAAAGAGGAAAAAAACGUUGAAGUGGAGCCGCGGGCGACGAAGAAGCUGCGAAUUGUGGACUGAUAAUGCCCGCUAUGGCAAUCGUUCCUGAUGCCGAUUACAAGGAUGAAGAGCAGCAAGAGGUCCAGGAGGAGCAGGCAUUGCCGCCACUGUUGUUUGAUUCGCAACGCCUUUAUGAUUUGGGAUGUGCGGCAAUCAGCAGCGACUCCUAUGAAGAGGCCAUAGACUGUUUCAGCAAAGCUCUAGAAAUCAGGGUCAAUCACUAUGGAGAACUUGCUCCGGAAUGUGCAUCCACUUAUUACAAGUAUGGCUGUGCCUUGCUUUACAAAGUGCAAGCAGAGUCUGAAGCAUUGUGUGAUAGAAAUGAAGAGCCUCCGGCUCAUAAGCCGAGCAAAGAAGAAGGACUUUCUGCAUUGGCUGGUGGUUCAAAGGGGCCUGUGGACGAUGAUGAGGAAUUCCCUGACGAAGAUGGAGAUGGAAAAUCCGAAGAUGAUGGCGAAGACAACGACGGUGAAGUUGACGGAGAAGAGGAGGAAGGCGAUAUUGAAUUGGCCUGGAAGCUGUUGGAGACGGCAAGAGUCAUACAUUCAAAGCAGCCAGCACGUUCUCUUGAUGAAGUGGAUGUGAUCACAGCUCUUGCAGAUAUCAGCCUUGAGAAAGAGAAUUUCAAAACUUGCUACGCUGACUACGAACAGGCCCUUCAGAUUCUUCAGGAUCUCGUCGAACCAGACAGUCGUGUCAUUGCUUCUACAUGGUACAAGAUGGCUCUAGCUAAACAAUUCGACAACAGACCACAAGAGGCUCUUGAGGCAUGUGUGAAAGCUGUCUCCAUAUGUGAACUGCGUUGUCAGCGCUUGUACAAAGAACAGGAAUUGCUGAAGGCUGAACAGGGUGGUUCCAAUGGAAAGAUGGAUGACGGAGAAAAGAUGAUUAGCAGCGAAGAAGCUGUUGAGAACGUAGGGGAGACGGUGGUGGGGGAAGACUUAAAGGUGGCGGUGGAAGAUUUAAAGUUUGCAAAGGUGGAUGCGGAAAUCAAGGAGAUAGAGGAGUCCCUCGUGGAUCUUCGGGAGAAGGUUGAGGAGCUAAAGCAGAUGGUUUUAGCACCGAGUCUACUCGAAGCGUUGAAAGCUGAGAAUCCUGAGGCUGCCACGAUGAUGUCCGAGGCUGUGAGCGCUGUCUUUAAGAGAAUCAGCAGAGUGGAAGGGACAUCCUCGAUGGGAGAAACAGUCGCAGCAUUUCCUGGUUCCUCUUCAUCUGAACCCGUAACUCAUUUAGGUAUCGUAGGUCGGGGGAUCAAGCGGGCUACUCCAAUUCCCAUAGUCGAGGAGAAACUCUUACCUCCAGAUGUUCAACCGGCAAAGAGGUCAGCCGAGGAUAUACUUACUGGGGGCGGCUCGGGAGAGACUCAAAUAGGAUUCGGAGGAGCUUCGUAGGCAGUUGAAAUCAUUGACCUAGCACAUUUUUUAAGUGCCUGAUCGAUCGAGUAGAGUAGAAGUGAUGUAGAUGUCCUUCAUACUCGUCUGUUAGCAUCUUAAGGGGUUUUAGUUGUAGUGAACACACGUAUGUGUAUCUUGUGCCGUUAAAAUACCGCUCGCAUCGCUCUUAACCAUCAUAUGGGCCUCAACAAGAGAUGUGUUUUUACUACAAAUACUACUCUUAACGAACCACCCAUCUUCUCUGAGGCUCAGUUUGAGGUUCAGGAGAUUAAUAGGCCUGGUCAUUUCCUGGAAGUUUUUCAGGUUCUGCUCACAGGAAAUUAUUUUUGGGUGUAGUGAAAGUGAAAUCUCCAGCUGGGGUCGAGGCUUUAUUUGUACAUAAUUUUCUCAAAGAGAAGUUUUGAUAACCAUAUGAAUUACC